AUGGCGUUUACAGGGACACUAGACAAAUGCAAGGCGUGUGACAAGACUGUAUACCUUAUGGAUUUGAUGACUUUGGAAGGUAUGCCUUAUCACAAGUCAUGCUUCAGGUGCAGCCAUUGCAAUGGCACUCUCGUGAUUAGCAACUACUCAUCAAUGGAUGGAGUUCUGUAUUGCAAACACCAUUUUGAACAACUCUUCAAAGAAUCUGGAAACUUCAGCAAGAAUUUUCAGACAGGUUUAAAGAAUCCUCUGUUUUUCUGCUCUACGAGGGCUCCAAACAAGUUAUCAUCCUUCUUCAGUGGAACACAAGACAAAUGUGCAGCUUGCAAGAAAACCGUUUAUCCUCUAGAGAAGAUCACAAUGGAAGGAGAAUCUUACCACAAGACUUGCUUUAGAUGUGCACACGGUGGUUGUACAUUAACACACUCUUCAUAUGCUGCUCUCAAUGGCAUCCUUUACUGUAAGGUCCAUUUCAAUCAGCUUUUUCUAGAGAAAGGUAACUACAGUCAUGUCCUAGCCGCUGCUAACCACCGACGCACACCUGAGGAAGAUAAAACCGAACCAAACGAAAAUGAAUCAAACCCUACAGAAGAAGAAGAAGACACUUCUGGUGCAGCCCUUGAAGCAGGUGAAGAACAUGAUUCCUAA